AUAUAUUUGUUCGUGCAAUGGCAAUCAGAUAGAGAGGAGGGAGCAAAUGAAUAAAGACAAAUGUGAAGCUAAGUAGAUUAGGACUCUUCAGCCAGGAGAAGAGACAACUGAAAGAGCAAUAUGAUAUAGAGAUCAAGAAAAUCUUGGAUGUCAUGGAGAAGAUGGAGGGGGUUCAGUUGUUCAUGUCUCUUCCAAUACAAGAUGCAAGGACGUCAAAUGAAGUUAGCAAAAGAAGAUGGUGAUUCUUCCCACAGCAUGACAUCUGAAAGCAUCCACAAAUUUUUCAGGUCCCAAGUGUUCUCCAGAGCCUUGCAAUGGAAGAGAAUUACAUGAGAAAGCGUGUGCAGGAGAAAGCAAGCAGAGCUGUGUGCCAGCAGGAUUCAAAUGGAACAAACUUGACAGAAAUGGGGAAGUUACCCAAGCUUGGACUACGUGUGACUUAUACCUGGAAUGGAACGACUUGCUAAGAAUCACUGGGGAGCCUGAAGGAUCAGGUUACGUCUGUCUUGUAAUUCUUCCUGCUGCCCCAGACUUGGAACAGUGUUGUGUAUGAAAAGCCAUCUUUGUGGGGAACAGAUUGAUGGGCUUCACAUCCGUUUCAGGUGCUCCGUUCCUUGUUGUAAUGUGCCUAUUGUGACAUGAGCAGUCUCAGGACUGAAGAGAUUCAUCUGUGUUUUCUUCUCAGACACACUCUCAGACAGAAGACAGUGGUUGUUUGGUGGCCUGGACUUCAGAGGAAUUUGGGGGCGCUUCUUGAAAAGCGAAAGUUGUGGAUAGGGCUUGGCACUCAAAAGCCUGAAGAGUGGCACUCAGUCAAGACUGGAGCUAUGGAGAGAGUGAGAACAAGAGGCCUGCUGCCGGCUUUGCCAGAAAACCAGAUAAAAGAUGUGGAAGAGGAAAAUGCUACAGAUCUGCUUGCGGACAGGAGAAAAUGCUCUGCAUGCAAAAUUCUUUGUCAUGGGAAAAGCACAGGAAGCACAAUAUUGCAACCUCUGCAACGACCCUGCUCUGCUGGAAUUGAACUCUGAUCUUCUAUAUAAUAGAGAAAACACUUUUCAACUACAGUGGUGAUACACAGCUCAGAACAUGGAGCCCACACAAGAUCUCUCUGCAACAAAUCUCUGCAUCUGAACGUGGAGAGGGAGUUAAUAAUUUGUGAUAAAUUAAAAUACAAGUAUCUCCUGAAGAACAUUUGCUGCCAUCACGGUCAGUAAUGAAAAUAGCAAGCAAUUAACAUGGAACCCUAAGGCUGAAGCUUUUACUCGACAUAGCAGAACAUCAAGUUCAGACUUCAUGGAGGAAGAGACAGUGCUAUUGAUGGCUGGCUGUGAGAAGGAGCAAAGGCAGACGUCCUCCAGAAGCCCUCUGAGACCAGCUGUCAGUCGUUGACUGGAGAGCCUGCGGCAGGGCAGUGGGUGUGCAUGGUGCCGUUCACCACCUGGGCAUAGUUAGCAAUUAGUCUAAAGAACAUGAGGACUUGGGCCAGAAGCUUCUGAUGUCCGUCAGCCCAGUCAGAGCACAAGCUGAUGCCAUCUGCUGUUUCAUCCAGCGAGCUGGGACAGAUGUCCAGCGCACAUGUGCUGCUUGGUGAAUGUUGCUGAGUAAUGGCACCAGGUUGUAUUUGGCUACUGCCUUUCCCAAGGACCCAGACACCCCCUUCCCAUUACAUGUCACACUCAACCUCUUACAUGAUGUGGCCUCCGAACUACAAGAGUCCUCCAAAAAUAAUAGUUGGGAAUGAAAAAAACAUUUGGGCCUUCAGUCCUUGUCCUUUCACAAAGAACUUUCAAGAAAAGAGGAAGCCAUGGUGGAGCUGCAGAAACCACACUGGCAGCACCCACCUCUCCUUCUGGUUGCUGCGCUUUUGCUCAUCGCAAAAGGGGUGGUUGGUCAUGGAGGCAGAGGGAGCCGCAGGGGUGGUUGUGGGACCUUGCCAGUGGGAAGCGAGGAACGGAGUAUCGAUCCUUUCCGUGAAGGGAGAAGGGGAAACCCAAGGAAUGGAACAGAGGCAGAACCUCCCUUCAGGAAGAGACCUUCAAGCAGACAGAGGGGACAGGGCACUGCAAGCCCUACGGCAGCGCGGGACGCGAGGUGACAAACGUGCCGGCACCGCCGGCCUCGAGGAUGUGAUUUUUAUCAAUAAUGAGUGGCAAAAUUCCGAAAGUGGGAGAAUAUUCCCAGUAUAUAACCCAGCAACAGGAGAGCAGAUCUGCGAGAUCCAGGAAGCUGACAAGGUUGAUACCGAUAAAGCAGUGAGAGCUGCUCGCCUUGCUUUUUCUCUAGGUUCAGUCUGGAGGAGAAUGGAUGCAUCGGAAAGAGGCCACCUCCUGGAUAAGCUAGCAGACUUAGUCGAAAGAGACAGGGCAAUUCUUGCCACUAUGGAAUCAUUGAACAGUGGCAAACCUUUCCUGCAAGCCUUCUAUGUAGAUCUUCAAGGAGUAAUAAAAACCCUGAGAUAUUAUGCUGGUUGGGCAGACAAAAUCCAUGGAAUGACCAUUCCUGUAGAUGGAGAUUAUUUUACGUUUACAAGACAUGAACCCAUCGGAGUGUGUGGACAGAUCAUCCCUUGGAACUUCCCCCUGCUGAUGUUUGCAUGGAAGAUUGCUCCAGCUCUGUGCUGUGGCAAUACAGUAGUUAUUAAACCAGCAGAACAAACACCACUCAGCGCUCUCUAUAUGGGAGCCCUCAUCAAGGAGGCUGGCUUUCCACCAGGAGUUGUCAAUAUUUUGCCAGGAUUUGGUCCAAUUGUUGGUACAGCAAUAGCAUCUCAUGUUGGCAUUGAUAAAAUUGCUUUCACUGGAUCCACUGAGGUUGGAAAGCUGAUCCAAGAAGCAGCUGGAAGGAGUAAUUUGAAGAGAGUUACGCUGGAGCUGGGUGGGAAAAGCCCAAACAUUAUUUUUGCAGAUGCUGAUUUGGACUAUGCUGUGGAACAAGCUCACCAGGGUGUCUUCUUCAAUCAAGGUCAAUGCUGCACUGCAGGCUCCCGGAUUUAUGUGGAAGAAUCAAUCUAUGAGGAGUUUGUUAGAAGAAGUGUGGAACGUGCGAAGAGGAGAGUAGUAGGGAGUCCUUUUGACCCAACUACAGAACAAGGUCCACAGAUUGAUAAAAAGCAAUACAACAAAAUCUUGGAACUGAUUCAAAGUGGCAUUACUGAAGGAGCAAAACUUGAAUGUGGGGGUAAAGGACUAGGAAGAAAAGGCUUCUUUAUUGAACCUACAGUAUUUUCCAAUGUAACAGAUGACAUGCGGAUUGCAAAGGAGGAGAUUUUUGGGCCUGUUCAAGAAAUACUGAGAUUUAAAACCAUGGAUGAAGUUAUAGAGAGAGCCAACAAUUCUGAUUUUGGGCUGGUAGCUGCUGUCUUUACAAAUGACAUAAAUAAGGCCCUGACAGUCUCUUCAGCAAUGCAGGCUGGGACAGUCUGGAUAAAUUGCUACAAUGCCUUAAAUGCCCAAAGUCCUUUUGGAGGAUUCAAAAUGUCUGGCAAUGGGAGAGAGAUGGGUGAAUGUGGAUUGAGAGAAUACUCUGAAGUUAAAACUGUGACAAUAAAGAUCCCUCAGAAGAAUUCGUAAAAUGAUGAAAGACAAGGUUGUGCAGAAGAGCACGUGAUGCUACCCUCUCUAUUCCUUAUGGGGACCAGCACUCAGGAAUAAAAAGUGUUACACAAUAUAUAUUUAAGAAAUUAAGUUGCGACAUACAUACCAGGCACAUAAUCACAUAAGUAAUGCAAACCAACUCUGCAUGUUUUCGUAAAACUCUUCUUUACAUCUUUACUAAACAAACCAUACAAACCAUACAAACAUGAGAUAAAGUUGCUAUUGGGCAUCAUUUAAUAACGGUUCUACCUAUAAAACUGUUAAAUGCGAAUGCAUGCACACACACAUUUAUCUCUUCAUUAAACAGCAUUAGCAGAAUAAGUCUUACUGCUUGAAGUUGCCUUUUCAAGGCCUGCCUUGUGCUGACAUUCUUGUUUCAUACAGGGCUUUACAAGUCAAAUUUUACCCCAAAUGCUAGCAGUGCGCAACAUAACCAAGUACCAUUGGUAUUCUUAAAAGAAAAGAAAAGAAAAAAGAAAACAAAAGAAAAGAAAAGAAAAGAGAAGAAAAAAGAAAAGAAAAGAAAUUGAUAUAUUGGCAACUUUUCAAUUAGCACAUUCACACAAAGAGGUCAGACUGGAGAGGGAACUAAAUCAUUGCAUGCAUAAUGAAAUCCAAAUACUUAUCAGUGAGAUUUGACUUUCAGACUCGCAGCUUUUUUGUUUUCAAAACUUAUUUUGUUAAUUAUAUUAUGCCUUGCUUAUUAUAAGCAAAAAACCUCCCUUAAAGGACUUCUUAAAAAGUUUUACCUGCCUGCAAAAAGAGCAUGGCCAGGCAGGGUAGAAGGGUGCCAAGGAGUACAGGAACAGAUCUGAAGGCUUCAGAAAGCUUUCAGCUUUCACAGCUCACCCAGUUUUGUUGUUUGCUGUUGUUGUUUUCACCUUUUUAAAGAAAGAAGCAUAUGCACACACAGACUCUGUAACCUUGUCUGACAGUACACUGUCCAUGAUUACAGCAGAUGUUUCUACUUUUACCAGUGGGAAAUUGUUACAUAUUCAUUACACAGGGAAGUAUCCAGCAAAAACUCAGCUGACAAACAAGUUAGCUUGACUUUAUUUUCUUAUCCAAUGCUGGCUUGCCAUCCUCACCACGCUCGUGAGCCUGAGGUGAGUUUACCUGCUGGCACUACACCUGCUCAAUGAUGUCUGCUCUUUUCUUGACCCAGCACAAAAAAUAUGAGCAAGCUCUUUGAAGAGUCAGAUGUUUAAAACCACUGUCACACCAUUCCCUGCUGCCUACAGAACCUCUUCCGACUUGUAACUAACAACUAACAUCAUCUUCUCUUUCCUCUUUCCAGCUGCAGAAUUAAUCGAAUCUUCACUUUUUUAAAAAAGUUUUUGCUUUAUGUUUUAACUUAGAAUUAAGAAAAUUUAUUUUAAAAGUAUAGUAGAUCAGAUGAUUUACUGUAGCUACAUUUAUGUGGAGUGCAAGGACAAAAUUAUAGACUCAUGUGUAACAGUUUUUCUAGCUGCAGACUCUAUACUACGAACCACUGAAAACUCCAGACCUGAUUCAGCAAAUGAUUUCUGCAUGUUCUUAACUUUCUUUACCCUCUGAGGAAUUCCUCUUAGAGCUUAAGUUAAGUGUGUCCUUAAACAUAUUGCUGAAUCAGGAUAAGAUUAUGCAGCACUUUGCAGUGUUGCGGCCCCCAAAUCAACAUUUUUUAUUUAUAACUCAUGUCAAUCUGUGUGUAUGUUUUUAAAGCAAUACAUAUACAUAAUGUUAUUCAGAAAUUAUAGUAUAUUCACAGACAUGGAGAUGAGUCAAAAUGUUCCUGAGUUGUUAAAUGCGAAUGCCAUGUACUCCUACUGUAGUGUAUGUCACAGUUAAAAAAAGAAAAACAAAAAAUACAGCAAAUAAGAAAUUAGUUAUCUUUUUAACUGCAAUAUAAUCUGUGAAAAAGGAGAUUUUAUUUCUUUCCUCCUAUUUACUUAAAAACAAAACUUUCUGUGCUAGCAUCAUUUACACUGUGUACUCUUUUGUAUUCUUUAUGUGUUUUGUAUGUCUGUGUGUUAUUCCCAGUACUUCUCCGUAAAUAAUAUAGAGUUGCUUCCCCUCCCCAGUCUUUUCACUGCAGCUCCAUUUGAUGUAUAUGGACUUGUGAAAUCCUUUUUUAAUGUACCAUCUGCAUGGAUCCAACAAAACAUUUUUCCAGUCCCUGCAGCUUUUUGUUACAGUUUUUAAUCAUGUAUAUAGUUAUAUGUUAUUAAAAAAGUAAAAGGAUAUUUUCUAUGAAGUUUUUUCCAUUAAAAAGGUUUAGAGAAAGA